AUCAAUGCACAGACUCAGUCAUGGUGGAAUAUAUAGUCAAUUACUCAAUUAUGUGAUAUUUAGUUUAGCCCUCUUUGUUAAUGCGAAGGGCCUCUCAUCUAAUGGCUUCGUCUUCUUCUUCAUCGGUUACUCAUAUAAGUGCGUCUCAUCUAAUGGCUUCUUCUUCUUCUUCUUCAUCAAUUACUCCUAGACUAGAGAAUGAGGUAUUCCUUAGUUUCUAUGGUGAGGACACCCGGAAAAAGAUUACCAGCCAUCUAUAUGAAGCCUUAUCUCGGAAAAAACUUAAAACCUUCAUUGAUGAUAAUCUUGUCAGAGCAGAAGAAAUUUCUCCAUCUCUUUUGAAGACAAUUAAACAUUCAAAGAUCUCAGUUAUCAUUUUCUCUAAAGGGUAUGCUUCGUCCAGAUGGUGUCUCAUAGAACUUGAAACGAUAGUUAAAUGUUACAAGAAGUAUAAUCAGAUCGUACUACCGGUCUUCUAUGAGGUAGAUCCAUCUGAUGUCAGGAAUCAAACUGGGGAUGUUAGGGAUGCAUUUGCUAAGCUUGAAGAGCGUUUUAUGGAUGAUUCAGAGAUGUUGCAAAGAUGGAGGACUGCUUUAAGGGAUGCGGCCAACCUAUCUGGUUUUGAUUCAAAGAACUAUAGGAAUGAAGCAUCACUUGUAAUAAGUAUUGUCGAUGAUAUCUUGAAAAGAUUAGACUAUGACUCCUCUGUAUUUUACACUAAGAACCUAGUUGGACUAGAUUCAUCGAUCAAGAAAAUUGAAAAUUUAUUAUGUACAGAGGGUGUACGCAAGGUAGGCAUUUGGGGCAUUGGAGGCAUAGGUAAGACUACUCUUGCGAAAGCUAUAUUUAACAAAAUCUCUAGACAGUUUGAAGAUUCAGAAAGUGGGGGACUAAAUGGCAUGCGCCAAAAGCUCAGUCAUGCACUUUUAGGGGAUAUACAUCCCAAUAUUGGAUUCAUCUUCCCGAGAGAAAGGCUUAGCCGCAAGAAAGUUCUCACUGUGUUUGAUGAUGUGAUUGCAGAUUUAAAACAAAUAGAUUUUUUAAUGGAAGUUUCUGACUACUUGGAUUUAGAAAGCCGAAUAAUCAUAACAACAAGGGAUAAACAAGUGCUAGCAAAUUGUGGAGUGCAUCACAUACACGAGAUGAAAGGCUUAUGUUUUGAUGAGGCUUUGCAACUUUUUUCCAUAUAUGCCUUUAAAGAAAACAAUCCAAUAGAACAUUAUAUUGGGUUAGCAUCAAGUGUAGUAGAACAUGCUAAAGGUGUUCCAUUGGCUCUCAAAGUUUUAGGUUCCUAUCUAUUCGAUAGGGACAAAGAAAGAAUGGAAAGUGCACUAGCAAACUUAAAAACUCAUACUCAUGGAAGUAUUCAAAAGGUGUUAAAAGUAAGUUAUGAUGGAUUACAUGAUAAAGAGAAGGAUGUAUUUUUGGAUAUUGCAUGUUUCUUUAAAGGGUAUAAAAGAGAUCUUCUAGAAGCAAUCUUGAAUGCUAAUAACUUGGACUCUCAUAUUUAUAUAAAUGUUCUCAUUGAAAAAUCUCUCAUAACUACGUCAUUUGACACCAUAACAAUGCAUGAGUUACUUCAAGACAUGGGUAAAGAAAUUGUUCGACAAGAAUCAAAUGAUCCUGGCAAACGUAGUCGGUUGUGGGAUCAUGAGGAUAUUUUUUCAAUAUUGAAGGGAAGUACAACAAUUCGAAGCAUACGCUUGGAUAUGUCUGAAGUAGUAGAGUUGCAUUUAAAUCCCAAAACUUUCAACAACAUGCGAAACCUAAGAUUCUUGGAAUUUUAUGGGUUCGAGCCUGAAGAGAAGGUGACUAAAUCUAACUCCUCUGUAUUGCGCCUUAACUUAAGAUUCUUGAAAAAUAAUAGCUCCAAUGAUGCAAAGAAGGUGCAUGGUUUUGAGGUCCUUAAAUACGAUUUCAGCUAA